AUGCUCUCCAAGCUCCUCUCCGUUGCUACUGUGGCUCUUGCCACCACAUCGCUGGUCUCUGCCCAGACCUUCACCACCUGCGAUCCUACCAAGAAGGACUGCCCCCCCGAUCCCGCUCUGGGCAAGUCCGUGAGCGUCGACUUCACCAAGGGCAACGAUGAAUCCAUCUUCCGCAAGCUCGACGGUACCUCUGUCAAGUUUGAGGAUGGCGGUGCCCUCUUCUCCAUUGGCAAGGAGACGGAUGCCCCCACCAUGGCCUCCAAGAAGUACAUCUUCUUCGGCAAGGUCGACGUCGUCCUCAAGGCCGCCCCUGGCCAGGGUAUCGUCACCUCUGUCGUCCUCCAAUCCGACGACCUCGACGAAAUCGACUGGGAGUGGGUUGGCGGCGACAACGCCCAGGUCCAGACCAACUACUUCGGCAAGGGUGACACCAGCACCUAUGACCGUGGUGCCUACCACCCUGUGAGCAACCCGUUGAGCGAGUACCACACCUACACCAUCGACUGGACCCAGGAGUCGGUUAAGUGGAUCAUCAACGGCGCUCUCGUCCGCGAGCUCAAGUACGCCGACGCCAAGGGCGGUGCCAUGUUCCCCCAGACACCCAUGGAGGUCAAGAUUGGUACCUGGGUUGCCGGCAGCAAGAACGCCGCCAAGGGCACCGUCGAGUGGGCUGGUGGUUACACCGACUUCUCCAAGGCCCCCUUCAACGCCUACUACCAGAGCAUCACUAUCACCGACUACCAGGGCAACAAGGGCGCCAAGGGCGCCAAGGAGUACGUGUACGGCGACCGCUCCGGCAGCUGGGAGUCCAUUAUCGUCAAGACCGAGGGCGGCAGCGACGAUGACAAGUCUUCUUCCGCCAGCAAGACGGCUUCCAAGACCGAGUCCAAGACUACUCUGAGCACCGUCACCGCCUCUGGUUCCGCCUCUGCUGCCGCCUCUGGUUCCACCUCUGCUUCCGCCACCGCCUCCGGCGAGGCCUCUGCCACCGAGGAGGCCUCCUCCACCGCCACCGGCUCCGGCUCAUCCGGCUCUGCCUCCGCCGCCUCCGGCACAACCGCUGGCGCCACCUCUGCUCCUACGGCCGUCUCUACCAACUCGGGUUUCGCGACCAAGGCCAACCUUGCCCUCGGUGCGGCUGGUCUCUUCUUCACCUUCCUGCUGUAA